AUGAGAACGGUCCAUCUUGGGAUGCAGCAGGCAGCCCAGUCUUUCAACAGGUCACCUUUCAGGCCUGAACUUCAGGCAGCAUCUUCUGUUGUCUAUAUUCUUAUCUUACAACCAAUGAAGGAUUCACCAAUUCAAGAUGAGCUGUUGCUUGGAAAAGUGCAUUUUGAAUUAGCCCCGAGUCCUGUGAUUGCUUUUAGCUAUCAAAUGAGCUGUAUGUAUUUGAAGAGUGCCUUGAUUGAUGACUUGUUUUAUAACUAUAAAAAUUUCACGAAACUGUUACUUCAUUGGAAUAUGGUAUUUGGCUCUGAAAUAAACCGUCUCUUAGUCCUUCUGAGUUUUUCACUGGUUGUUAAAGUGAUUGAUCCUGGAGGAUUGUUUGCUACUGGAAAUCUAAGGAUUUUCCUCAUCAAUGUCAAUAAUAAGGAUCCUACUCUUGUCUGCAGUUUAUUCAAUAUUGAAAACGGUGUUUUGAGUGUUGCCUCUAUAAACUCAACUCUGCACAAAAAUGUCAACAUCACACUGGAUGAAGAGAUUCCAGUUGGGAAGAUGGUUGGAAGAUGUCAGGCAACUGAUGAAGAUAACCUGGGAGAUUUAACCUUUGGACUAGAUACAGGGAACAGUUACUUUGCAGUCGACAAAGAAAAGGGGACUGUGGUUACUACUACCCGUCUUGAUGUGGGGAAAGCUGGGUUUGCAAGUUCUCAGGCCUUCUCCAUUAAGGCUUGUGAUGGUGACCAGAGGUGUGCAGCAAUUCUAGUGACUGCCUAUAUUCAUGGCAUUAAUGACAACUCCCCUUUCUGUGACCGAUAUCUGAUUAGGUACACAGGCAAGGAUGUGAUUACAAAAGGCACAGUAGUUGCAAAGCUCUUGUGUCAUGACCUUGACAAACCACGCACUGCAAUUCAUUACGUUCCGACCUCAGGCCCUGUUGGUUCUGGACAACUAUUUGAACAAGUACCAGAUGCUGAAAACUGCAUUCAGGUUUCCAAAGAGCUGGAUUAUGAGAACGCAGAGGUGGUUGCAGCAGGACACAUCUAUGAAAUGAUGAUUUCUGUGUUUGAUGACUUACUUCCCUCUCAUACAGUGACUGUGACAAUCAUUGUGGACAUUGCUCCUGACAACGAAUUCAGUCCCAAAUUUCAAGCUGCACAUUAUUCAUUUUCAGUUCCAGAAACAUCCGGAGGUCACUGUUGA